GCCGUGCCUGGCCGCGCCUCGCCGAUGCAGGACUUCCCCGCCGUUGUCGCAAGGCCAUGCCUGGCCAUGCCUGGCCAUGCCACUAUGACGGACAGAAAUAGGUUGCGCGAGAUUGAAAGCAGCGCUUCCUAUCGCAGCCCUCCCAUCUUAUUCAGAGACCUCGACGCUUACUUUGAGUUCCUGGCCACCUGCAAGAGGGAGUUCGACGCCUCGUGGAGGCGAAAGUGCCCGGUGGGCCGCCUGGAGGACUGGGACCGGGUGAGAACCUUGGGGUCGGGCUCCUUCGGUCGAGUGAUCCUCGUCCAGAACAGAGACACCAAGCAAUUCUGCGUCAUGAAGGUGAUGGAGAAGGCCAAAGUAAUCAAAAUGAGGCAAAAGAACCACGUGCACGACGAGAGGCGAGCUCUCAACUACGUCAACUUCCCGUUCAUCGUGUCCCUGGUCACGUCGUUCAAAAACUUCAACUACGUGUUUCUGGUGAUGCCGUUCGUGCCGGGGGGCGAGAUGUUUUCCUACCUGCGUCGCGUUGGCAAGUUCGGCGAGGACCAGGCGCGCUUCUACGCCGCGCAGGUCGUCCUGUCCUUCGAGUACCUGCACAACGUGGACCUCAUCUACCGCGACCUCAAGCCGGAGAACAUCCUGCUGGACGACAGGGGCUACGUGAAGCUCGCCGACCUGGGCUUCUGCAAGGUGGUGAAGGGGCGCACGUGGACGCUGUGCGGCACGCCGGAGUACCUGGCCCCGGAGCUCAUCCUCAGCAAGGGCUACGGCAAGUCGGCCGACUGGUGGUCGUUCGGAGUGCUGCUCUACGAGAUGGCGGCGGGCUUCGCUCCGUUCCACGGCUCCGAGACCAUGCGGACGUACGAGAAGAUCGUGGCGGGCAGGUUUCGCACCAUCCCGCAUUUCUCUCCGGAGCUCAAGGACCUGGUGGAGAGGCUGCUGCAGGCGGAUCUGUCGAGGAGACUCGGCAUUCUGAGAGACGGGGUGAACGACGUCAAGAGGCACGCCUGGUUCCGGUCCACCAACUGGCUCGCCCUGUUGAACAAGCAAGUGAGAGCUCCGUACGUACCGCGGUGCCAAUCCCCAGGGGACUCCAGCAACUACGACGUCUACGUGGAGAGGGAGCUGACGACAGCCAGUCAAGACAGGUUCCCCAACGAUUUCAUUGACUUUUGAGAGGACGCAGUCAGGACGCAGUCCCAUCGCACAGAGUGGUCUUAGAAUGGUCUUCGAAAUGUCGCGCGAUUUAUAUCGUUAAACGCCUGCGACGCCUGUCCGAAAUAAGCCACCGUCUGUCUUUGCCGGCCAUUGCCCUCAAGACCUCAAGAGCGACAGAUUUGAAUUUGGCGGUUCUCUACGAUUCAUCAGGUGCACCAGGACGUCCCCGAACCACGCUUCACCAACACCGGAGGUGGACUCUUUAACUUUAUUUAUGGUAAAGCGCCAACAAUUGUUUUACAAGAGGAUGACCUGACGGCGAACCCAACUAGAAGUUCUCUAGAAGCGUUUCUCCAAGGAAACGGCUUUGUUCAAAUUUCUCAUAGUCUGUUACGCUUUUGUUCUCAUAGCCCUAACGUGUCUUCUGCUAGCGAGUUGUUACGUCAUUGACGGGUAAUUGACCAUCGUCCUGACACUGACAUUGACAGGGCAGGACUUUAAAGCUCGACACGGUGCGUCUGUCGAAAGGCUCCACGACUAACCUCUAGAUUCCUGCAGCCUUGUCUGCUCUCUUGCGUCAGCCGUUCCAGAGACGGCGAAUCCAGCAGUGUUCAUUCGUGUCAGUUGCGGUACAGCAUCACAAUGGUGAGGGG